AUCUUGCCUUCCCUUGGGGCUUUACAUCGCGGGGGCGAAAGUGCGAGAGACAGAGCGAGAAAAUGGUGAAAUUCCUGAAGCCAAAUAAGGUGGUGAUCCUCCUGCAGGGCCGCUAUGCGGGGCGCAAGGCGGUGAUCGUGAGGGCCUUUGACGAGGGCACGAGGGACCGUCCCUACGGCCACUGUUUGGUGGCGGGGAUAAGCAAGUACCCGAGCAAGGUCAUACGCAAGGAUUCGGCCAAGAAGACGGCCAAGAAGUCCCGCGUGAAAACCUUUGUGAAGCUCGUAAACUACCAGCACCUUAUGCCCACACGUUACACCCUCGAUGUCGACCUCAAGGAUGUCGUCUCCCUCGAGUGCCUCCAGUCCAGGGACAAGAAGGUCACCGCCGCCAAGGAUACCAAGAAGAGGUUGGAGGAUCGCUUCAAGUCUGGGAAGAACAGGUGGUUCUUUACCAAGCUGAGGUUCUGAGAAGGAUCUCUGCCGUUUUAAGAUUGUUCUAUUUCUGUUUGUUUCGUCUUUUCUUGUAUUUCUCUUCGUCUUCUUAACAAGACAGUUGUUAUUUUAUCAAGUAUCCUAGUACUUUCCGUUAGUGGCAAUUUUGGGUUUAGUAUGAAGUUUUAUGAACUGGUGUGAACCCGUUUGGAUGAGAUACAUGAUGGAUUUAUUUUGCUAUGUUGAGAUUAUACUAUUUUUAUGGGUUUUGUUUGA